AGCGGGCGCUGUCGGUCGGUUCCACCGCCGUUACGGGCGGCGGCCGGCGGCCGUUGGCGGCGGUUGGCGGCGGCGGGCCGGCCCCCGGCCGCGCUACCUGCGCCGCGCCGCCACGUGAGCGCCACAUCAGCGCCGCUCCCGAAGCCGGCAGCGGCAGCCGCAGCCACGGCAGGCGGCGGCGGCGGCCCCGGCCCCGGCCGCGCUCCCCGUCCCGGGAAGAUGCUGCAGUCGCUGGCGGGCAGCUCCUGCGUGCGGCUGGUGGAGCAGCACCGCUCCGCCUGGUGCUUCGCCCUGCUGGUGCUGGGCUACCUGCUCUACCUGGUGUUCGGCGCCGUGGUCUUCUCCUCGGUGGAGCUGCCCUACGAGGACCUGCUGCGGCAGGAGCUGGGCAAGCUGAAGCAGCGCUUCCUGGAGGAGCACGCCUGCCUCUCGGAGCAGCAGCUGGAGCAGUUCCUGCUGCGGGUGCUGGAGGCCAGCAACUACGGCGUCUCGGUGCUCAGCAACGCCUCGGGCAACUGGAACUGGGACUUCACCUCCUCCCUCUUCUUCGCCAGCACCGUGCUCUCCACCACGGGUUAUGGACACACAGUGCCUUUGUCUGAUGGAGGAAAGGCCUUCUGCAUCAUCUACUCAGUCAUCGGGAUCCCAUUUACGCUGCUUUUCCUGACAGCAGUGGUGCAGCGCAUCAUUGUUUAUGUCACCAGGCGGCCUGUGCUAUAUUUCCACAUUCGCUGGGGCUUCUCCAAGCAGAUCGUUGCAAUCAUCCAUGCUGUAGUCCUUGGGUUCAUCACUGUCUCGUGCUUUUUCUUUAUCCCAGCAGCAAUAUUUUCUGUUCUGGAAGAUGACUGGAAUUUUUUGGAAUCUUUUUACUUUUGUUUCAUUUCCCUGAGCACCAUUGGCCUAGGAGACUAUGUGCCGGGAGAAGGCUACAAUCAAAAAUUCCGAGAGCUGUAUAAAAUUGGAAUUACAUGUUACCUGUUGCUUGGCCUUAUCGCAAUGUUGGUAGUUCUUGAGACUUUCUGUGAACUCCAUGAGCUCAAAAAGUUUAGGAAGCUGUUUUAUGUGAAGAAGGACAAGGAAGAGGACCAAGUGCACAUAAUGGAACAUGACCAGCUCUCCUUCUCUUCCAUCUCAGACCAAGCAGCCUCCAUGAAGGACGAUCAGAAGGCAAAUGAGCCUUUUGUGACUUCCCAGUCUCCAACUUCCAAUGACAGCUCUCUAAAUAAUUAAUACAGGGGCGUCCAUAACAUUGUUUUGGUGCACUUAUGCUACUUACCAUAAGAAAUAGAAUGCCUCGCAUUUUUUUUCCUGAAAAUAUUAAAGCUGGAAGACUGUGCUAUUUUAACAAGGAUUCAUCACUUCUGACGUAGAAAAGACUUCUGGGAAAAAUGUGGGAGCCACCCUGGGAAUAGGGAAAGAAAUGUAGGAUGUGGCUGGGAACAUUAGACCAUUUUGCUUAAGAGAUGAGGAGUGAGGAGUACCACUUUCAAAGGUGCCAGAGAGAAAAGCUUGCACAAGCAACUUCAUAUAUCUUUAGGAGAGUAGGUCUUCACUGACUUCCAACUCAUUUAGUUGCACGCCCUAUCUUGCAAGUGGGUGAAAUAGCAAAUUUUAGGAUGUGCACUUUUGAUUCUCACAGAAAGGUAGUCAUAGAUUUAAUCCAAAUGCACCAAAUAUCUUAAUCUGGAAACAAUUUCCAGAGCAAUACCUGUAGACCUGCUGGAGGCGAAUAUCUAGAUCAUCCCCCUAUUGCCCAGUAACUUGCAUGUGCAAACAAUCACUCUAGGAAUGAAAAAGCAAGGCUCCGUUCCCUCCUCUGCCCAGGCCAUUUACAUUCAAAGCUCCUACUUCUGUAAAAUAUCCCAUAAUAACAAGAAAAAUGUUGUCCUGAAGAGAGUGUGCCUUGAGUCUUCCAUGCUGUUUUGCUUUGAAAAAAUACUUUCAUAAAUUCUGAGAGGUAGCAAGAGCAAUUAAAAAAUGCUGGAUGAGAUAGAGUUUUAGGGAUGGGAAACCAGCUGCAUUUCAGUCCUUUCUCCUCUGAAAUGGCUAGGAAUGUUUUUUUUAGCUAAGUGGAACAAAACGAAAAAAAUGAAAUUCAGCAUAUACCAUAUUUGGCAUAGUCAUGCGCUUAAGGCAUCCGUGUAGCAGAGAGCUGAAAUCUUUUCUGCAAGGAAGGACUCAGCUCUGCUUCUUCCACAGUCCAAGCUAGCGGUACUGACCUGUUAGGCAUUUGGAAGAACAGAAGUAGCGUCAACUUUUAACGCAGCCCCUUUUUCUUCUUUUGGUUUUCUAACUAGUACUCAGAGCACUUUGAAGGAGAAUGGAAAGUUUCAGGGCAAAACAAAAAAUUUUUCAGUUUUUCAUAUGGCAAGAAAAAAGGAAAAAUGUCACAUUUGGUUCGGAUGGAACCGAAUUUUUUUCCCCUUGGGAAAAGUCACUAAAAAGUCAAGAUCCCACUCAACUUGUGAAGCUGGAACCUCUUUGGCUAUUACAGGAGAGGCAUUUUAGUCCAGCUACCACUCACUGUGCUGAAUGCAGGGACCUCGGAGUGAAUUUCAGGGAGCAGGAGAUGAGACUAAGUGGACACGGUACUCUCUCUUCUGGCCUUAAGUAUCUAUGAAAUGGAAUCUUGGUAAUGCUUUGCAAUGAACAAAAGAUCUGGAGCACAAAUAGCCAUAUUAGGACAGCCUCCCACAUAGGAAUAGUGUAGAGGAGAGCCUUCUCCCUGCAGUGCAAGCAUGCCAGAUUGCCUGUAAUUUGGCUUUUAGUGUUUAGAGCCGAACAAUAUUUUACUGCAAAAGAAAAAAAAUUGCAGCGUGUCUAGAAUUAGCUCACAAGGGAAAAUACUUGAAAGUAAAUAACCCGAAAUAUUCUGUGUUUGAGCUUAAUUAUAGCUAGCAUCAAACAGAUUUUGUAUCUUUACUGAAAAAACUUACUUUAUGGUUAAAUCGCUAAAAGUCUUCAAUUUAUAUUUGUAGAAAACCAGAGCUAAAAGAUUUUGGUUGUUUUGGGUUUUGUAGAUUAGGUGAGAGCAUACUGUGUUUGCAUGUUCCCAGGAAAGUGGCUAUUUUUAUACUGCCUAAGUUAACACAGUUCUAUUUAUAAUGAAUGUUAACCAAUAUAUAUGUACAUAUAUACAUAAAUAUAUUUAUAUACUGUACAUAUAUCAUAAAUCACCAGAGUUUAACCAACUUAGGCACAGUGUUUUAGAUUUGCUUUCCUAGGUUUCUCUUUAUACAAUGAAUAAUUGAAAAUUGUGGCAUUAAAAUAACACCGACAUAAAAUUAAGCAUACUGUCUUACAAGAAACAUGUAUACUGAUUUUUUUUCAGUGAAAUUUUAUUGUUUUCAGUACCUUAAAAUUCAAGAUUUCUUUUAACGUCAGUAUAACAUUAAGCUCUAGAGGGUGUGCACAGAUGCUAAGUGAUAUACAAAGAUAAUUUUGCAGUGUGUACACAAUUGCAAAAUGUAGACACAUGAAUGAAAGCACAGAAUUCACAGUGGAAGCGAUGAACUAAGCUGUGUACUGUGAUAUAGGUGAGUAUUUGUUAUUUUAAACUCAAAGAGUAUGGCUUUUGGCUUCCUGCACUAUGAAGUGGGGAGUAUUUUUUUGAGGAGUGUGUGUGCGCGUGCACAUACUGUGCAAAAAGCCUGUCUGCAUUUGUCGAGAUUGUGCAUCCUUUAGUUAGUCUUCCUCACCAUAAGGAGGGAUGGUUAAUGCCAGAGUGUGUUAUCUAACCUUGAUAUUGAUUGUAGCUUAGCAUUGUAUUGAUUAUUCCUAUAGAGAAAAAAAAAGAAGCAUUCCAAAGUGUGUUUGUUUUUGUUUCAGAUGCUGAUUAUAGCAAAUAAAAAAUAGUGGCAUAACA